CAUAAAGAAAGGCAGCGGUGGCUUCUUUUUUUUCUCCCCUUUUCUCCCCAAUUUGGAAUUCCCAAUUCCCACUACUUACUAGGUUCUUGUGGUGGUGCGGUUACUCACCUCAAUCUGGGUGGCGGAGGACAAGUCUCAGUUGCCUCCGCUUCUGAGACAGUCAGUCAGUAGCAGUGGCUUCUUAAGGGGUUAUGUUUUUCUUGUGGCCGAUCGGGCCACCUCUCUGCAACAUGCCCGUUAAAAGACAACGCUCAUCAGUAGUAAGGGGGUUACUGGUGAGCGCGAUACCCUUGGACAAAGCCCCCUGACAUCACACAUUUCUUCCAGCCCGGCUGCAGAAUGGAACUAACAGUCAUAUGAUUUCAGCUUUGGUAGAUUCUGGUGCCAAAGAGAAUUUCAUUGACACAGAUUUGGCUUCCAAAUGGCGGCUCCCCAGGGUCCGAUUGGAUGAACCGAUCACCACCCACACAAUUAGUGGCAUGCCCCUGUCAGGCAUCACCCAUUCCACGAAACCAAUCACCUUGUCUCCGUUAAGCAUUCUGAACAGAUGUCCUUCUAUCUCAUCUUCUCCCCAUCGACCCCAGUUGUGCUGGAACAUCCCUGGUUGGUAACACACAACCCACACAUAGAUUGGGCAACCAACACAGUCCUUGCUUUUUGUUUUUCACAUUGUCUUAACUCUGCUGUCUCCCCUGUCCAGUCUUGUGUUUUCUUGCAGGAUGCACCAGCAGAUUUGUCUGGAGUACCGUUGGCAUACCACGACUUGAGGGCGGUGUUCAGCCGGUCCCGCGCCGUGACCCUCCCUCCUCAUCGCCCGUACGACGGUGCUAUAGAAUUGCUUCCUGGCACCUCUCCUCUUCGAGGAUGGCUGUAUUCACUCUCUGCUCCCGAGAGGGAGGCCAUGAACAGAAAUCCCAGCUUAACAACACUCUUGGCUGUUGGAGGAUGGAAUUUUGGAACAGCUCAGUUUAGUACCAUGGUGUCCACACCACAAAACAGACAGACUUUUAUUCAGUCCUCCAUCAGAUUUCUGAGGACCCAUGGAUUUGAUGGACUGGACCUUGACUGGGAAUAUCCUGGAUCCCGUGGAAGUCCUCCAGAGGACAAGCAAAGAUUCACUCUGCUCUGCAAGGAACUCCUGGAAGCUUACAAGGCAGAGAGUGAUGCAACUGGAUGCCCCAGACUCAUGCUCACUGCUGCAGUGGCUGCUGGGAAAGAAACCAUUGAUACUGCCUAUGAAAUAGCAGAAAUUGCCAAGUGUUUGGACUUCAUCAGUGUCAUGACCUAUGACUUCUAUGGUUCAUGGGAGAGUUUCACUGGGCACAACAGUCCUCUUUAUCGUGGCUCUGGAGACAAAGGAAACAAGAUCUACUUUAAUACAGAUUUUGCAAUUAAAUACUGGAGAAAUCAGGGCGCCCCUGUUGAUAAGUUGAGGAUGGGGUUUGCAGCAUAUGGACGAACAUUCCGUCUGUCGUACACAACCAGUGGAGUGGGAGCUCCAGCUAGUGGUCCUGCUUCAGCUGGAACAUACACCAGAGAGGCUGGAUUCUUGUCCUACUAUGAGAUCUGCACUUUCCUUCAAGGAGCCACCAUACAGUGGAUUAAUGAUCAGAAAGUUCCAUAUGCAACCAAGGGACAGGACUGGGUGGGAUUUGAUACUAAGGAGAGCUUUGAGACAAAGGUGCGUUACCUGAAGGAGAAUAACUUUGGAGGAGCCUUUGUCUGGACUUUGGAUCUCGAUGACUUUACGGGACAGUUUUGUGGGCAGGGCAACUACCCUCUCAUCAGCCAACUCCAUGCUCUUCUUAAUACUGAAUGACCUCCUCUACCUCCAAAUACAACACAUCAGCUUGGUGAGACCACGACAAGAGCACCCCCCAUUGCGUCCCAUUCCACAAGACCUUAUAUUCAAUCAGCAGCAGCACCCGAAGAGGAGUUCUGUGCAUGCAAGCAAGGUGGGAUGUAUGCAAACCCUGCUGACCUGAUGUCCUUUGUACAGUGUGUUAAUGGCAGGACUUUUGUACAGAGAUGCCCUACAGGAACCAUCUUCAAUAUCAAUUGCAUUUGCUGUGACUGGCCCAAGAAUUAAUCCUAUGUAAUCCAAUGUGUACUACUGUGACACUCCUGCAAUGGAAAUGUAUGGAAUGUUAAAUCUGCAUUGUAGCUUUUAAUGUAAAUGAGUGCAAUGUUAUAAAGUGUCUCUUAAAGUUGAAAUGGUAUUUUUAUGUUUAAAUAGACUUUCUCUUAUUCAAGAUUAAUGUGCAGGGACAAUUAUAAGUAAGCCAUUCCUAGCUUUAUUUCCCCCGAAUAGUGCAAACACUGGUUCUGUGGCACAUUCCAAUCAUUGUUUUGUUUGUUUGAGUGCCCCGACCAGCCCGACACAGCAACAUUGACUCAACCAAUGCCGCAAUUAGGGGCAGGACUAUCAGUUUGUCCAACUAAUGGCAGAUAAGGGACUGUUUGGGAAACCUGCUUGAAAAUUAUUUUGCUAUUCUGUUUGGUGAUGCUAGUGGCGCUGAAGUGAAACACUUCACCUAUAAGUCUUUAAGUAUUGUGUUAAUAAUUAAAUGAUUGUUUUGAAUUAAAUGUCUUCCAAUGCUAUCUAUACAGCUGAUAUAGAGAGAUAUUUCUUUGAAAACUUUGUUUUCAGUUUCCUAACAUUAUCGUUUUCCAAAGUAUGUGAUGAUUAUGAAGACCAUUUUCAAAAGUCUCCAUUUCAGUGGAGGCAAAUGCCAUUCCAGUGGUGUAAACAUAGCAAAAUUAAUGCAUUUUCAAACUAAAACAUACUAGUUUGGAUGUGGCCCUAAAGCAGCAUGCAUGACAAUGUAAUGUCAGACAUAUUAACAGUGUGUUUUGAAGAGCACCAAAACAAAGUAAACUGGCAAUAUGUUUGUUCAAGCUGUAUCAUCUAACUCAGAAAAUAGCUUACACAAGCUGGCGUUUGUUAUACUGAAAAAUUAACAAAGUCCAUUUGAACCCCAUUUCCCCUGCCCCCACUAAAACACAUUCAACCAUACACAAAAGCACCACUAAACAUCACUCAGUAUUUAUUUCAUCAUCAUCUUAGACCCCGUUUACACCUGGUUGCUUAAAUGCAUCUCCUGUGACACUUGUGUUUGCAUUUGGAGGGGAGGGUCUCUGUUUCUUGACAACAUACAUCAAUCACUAUGUCAGUGUGUUACUGCAUGAUAAUAAACCACAACAA